UCCGUCAACCACACAUUUCAACAAGAGCACUUCCUGUUCAUGCAAGCACUUGCUGCUUCAUCGUCAAUAAUAAAAACACUGCCAGGCUGCGGAACAGGAUAUUUCCAGCUGGUAUUUAUUGGUAAAAACCAAAGUUAGGUUUAAAUCUUAACAGUAGAAAUAGAUCCAGUGGAUGACUACGCUUCUUUAAUCUGCUGAGACAAAUGGAGAAGACGUCACAGCAACAGCAUUUGGAGACGGAGCUGCCUCCAAACUCAAGGAGUUUCAGCUUUGCAUCUAUGCGUAUUAAAAAAAGACACCACAGUAAUGAAGAGGGAGGAUUCACACGGCGGAGAGGGUUGAUGUCUUUUUCAUCAGUACGGGAGACAUCGAGAAAGGAGUCAGUCCAAGAUGAGGCCUCAAAGCUCCACUGUACCGAGGACCAGGUGAACGAGACAGCUGCCAUCCCGUCAGGUGAAGAUGACGCUGGACGACCGGGGGCCCUCAAGAGGUUAAGUGCCAUGUGGUCGUCCUUCCGCAGACACAAAAGAGAGGGAUUCAAAGACUCCGAGCCUCCAGAGCUGCCGGGCCAGGUGGCUGAAAACUCGUCCCGGCAGCACCGCUACGUCAGUGGGCAGUACUUCUUCGAGUACCUGGUGGUGGUCAGCCUCAAGAAGACCAAAGACGGCAGCAGCUACGAACCUCAGAUCACCUACCAGUUCCCCAAGAAAGAUGGGAUGGCUAAAUACCAGAAGGAGGAGGAGGAGAAGACGCUGAAGGCCAUCACUCUCUUCUGUUUCCCAGAGGGCAUCAACUGGGCUCCUCUGACAGAAUACCCCAGUGAGACGUUCUCCUUCGUUCUGACGGAGAUUGAUGGCAGCAGGAGGAAUGGAUACUGCAGGAGGUUACUGCCCGGAGGGAGAGGAGCCCGCCCCCCGGAGGCUUACUGCAUCAUCAGCACCCUGGCUUGUUUUGGCCUCUUCUCCAAGAUAUUGGAGGAGGUGGAGAAGCGGCGGCAGAUCUCCACAGCCAUGAUCUACCCGUUCAUGCAGAAGCUGAGGGAAGCUCCCUUCCCAGCCCCAGGACACACUGUUGAGAUUAAGAGCUUCAUUCCAGAGUCGGGCACUGAGAUCAUCAGUCUGACGCGCCCGCUGGACUCCUGGCUGGAGCACGUCAACUUCGCCACGCUCUUCGACUGCCUGACAGACGAGGAGGUGCUGCUGGUGUUCGCUGCCGCCGUCCUGGAGAGACGGAUCGUUUUCAUCGCUGAGGAACUGGGCACAUUGUCACAAAUCAUACAUGCUGUGGCAGCCCUCCUGUACCCCUUCACCUGGCAGCACACCAUGAUCUCCAUUGUUCCUGAGAUCCUGAUCGACGUGGUGAUGGCCCCCACCCCCUACCUGCUGGGAGUCCAGAAGCAUCUGCUGGACCUGGUCACCGACCAGAGUGAUCUGCUGGUGGUCGACUUGUCUGACAAUAAAAGGGAAACCUUCAUUGCUUCAGUUGGUGAUGAAAGCUCUAUUCUGCCCCCGAAGCUCAAAAGUGAAAUCCUAGAGGCUCUUAGUGCCAGACAAAAAGCAUCAACGGUGGAGGAGUUGAACCGGGUGGUGUCGGAAGCCUUCCUGCUCUUCUUUGUGAAAACAGUGGGCCACUUCAGAUCCUACGUGAAACACAGUCGCGGCGGGGGGCCAGGGGUGUUUGAAAAGAGAAGCUUCUACAAGGCCAUCGAUUCCAAAACUACACGACACUUCGUCAAGUUGUUCCUCCAGACGCAGAUGUUCGACCUGUUCAUCCAGGAGGUGGAGCAGCAGCAGCCUGGACCGCAGCAAGGAAUAUUUAACAAAAAGAUCCUCGAAUACCAGGAGAAGAAGAAAAAGGAGAAGGCAAAGAAACACUAGCUCUGGGCGGGGGGGGCCGGGUGUACAUAGGGGAGUUGAUAGGAAAUGUCAGAUGUGAAAGUUGCACUGUGUGUUUUAUGUCCUGUGUCAGUGUGGUUUUAAACAAUGUGUGAAUUACUGUAUGGCUAUGUUGCUGCUAUCUGUGAAACACUGGCAGAAUGAGAGACUGCAGUUCCUCGUGUUCUCAGCCUGUGGCCGCAGUCCGACGCUGAUCAGCAGGAAAUCAUUCCAAAUAAAGACUAGUUUUUUAAGUCCACGCAUCUACAGUCUCAAUUUUUGGCCUCAAUGACUAGAAGAAGGUUGUGUUUGUUGAACACUUCUUUCUUUCUGACUGACAUCCUUACUUUCUAUGAGCAAAAAUGCAGAAAUUGAUCAGAGCAGUCCAUUCCAGUUCUCUUACUAAACAUAUAUAAACAGUGUCUAUAAUCUAUUAAUUUUAAUUGGGUAUGUAUGACAAAAUACAAUACAAACAAUCAAGGACAAAAUGUAGUUAUUAAGGUGUCUCUAUGCAGGCUUAGUUUCUCAUUCUUAAUAAUAACCGGGGCCUCCCUCAAUAAAUUAAUAAGUUACUGAUUGAAGAAUAUUUCAGAAACAUUUUACAAGAGAAACAAGACAAAACAGAAGCUCUUUGUAAGCUUUGUCUUUAAAAGUUGCUUUAUAAAUGUGUGUCAUUUAUCAUUAAUACUUUUAUGUUAUUAUUAUUAUCAUUAUUAUCAUCAUACAACUGCUACGCCUGUUGCCAUAGCCUGCAGUUUGGCCCAUGUAGCAUCCUGCGUUGGUGCUAUAGGGUUAUGUACACUGUAUUUUUGUCCUAUAGAUUUUGUACAGUAAACUAUUAAAAACAAAUAUAUCA